UGCGGUGAAUGCAACGGGGAGAGAGAUAUGGAUGACGAUUAUUCACAUGAAAAAGAAAACAAUUAAUGCAGCAUGUCGCUGUACACUCAAUUAAUUCCCUCAACAGUCCACUGCUACUACAUGAAACGAAUGGCAUCCAUUACCCAACCUGUGACAACUCCACCAGAUAUUACAACCAUGCCAUCAAAUUGUUAUGUGUAUAUAUAUAGUAGACAGAGGCAUACCUAGAAGCUAUCUAUCUGGAGAGGGAGAUGUUAGAAAACAAGAACACAAUGUUGGGAAACAGAAACACACGGCGGCUGUCACUGGACAUGUUGCAGAGAUCAGGAGAGAGAAUCUCGGAGAGGGGGAUAUUCAAGUACAUGGAUUUGAGGUUCCCGACGGCGAGCUACCAGGCGGCGUCAAACGACGUGAACGAGGUGGCGUGCGAGUGCUGCGGGCUGUCGGAGGACUGCACGGCGGCGUACAUCCGGCACACGCGGGCGCGCUUCUACGGGAAGUGGGUGUGCGGGCUGUGCUCGGAGGCGGUGAGCGAGGAGUCGAGCAAGAUGGGAGGGGUGCGUAGCAUUGUGAGGGAAGAAGCUCUGCAUGCGCACAUGAGCGUGUGUCGGGCAUUCAACACCACCAUUAGAGUCAACCCGGCUAUGGCUCUUGCCUAUUCCAUGACUAAAAUUCUUCGAACAACGUCUCAAAAGACUACGGCCUGAACAUGCUCUGCUUUAUCGAUUAUAAACAAUAAAAAAAAAAACACAAACAAGAGUCAUUGUGUGUGUGUGAUGCAACGUCAAUCUAACUUGUAGCUAGCUAGUAAUCUGGUGUAUUGAAUUGAUGUCAAAAACUACGUGACUUUUUGCUUAGUGGAAUGCGGGGCGAAAUACUAAUAUUGAUGGUA